GGAUGUAGAAAAUCGGGAGGAUGUUAGAGAGAGAGAGAGACAAGAGGCGGGAGCGCAAGGGAGGAGAGGGGAGAUCGGAAUUUAGGGUUUUGAAAUUCGCCGGGAAAUUUUGGAAGAGGUGUGCUUGUCAUGUGCAGGGAGCGGCGAGGAAGAAGAAGAAGAGUGGUGUGUGAGAGAUUCUAGAGAGAGAGAGAGAGUGUUUGCUGUGAUUCUACGAGAGCGAUACCAAUUACCUCCAUUAACACCAAUCCUUCGAGUGUGAUAGAGUGUAUUUUUGCCAUCCUAAGCUUCCAAUUCUUCGUAAUUUUCUGAUGGAGCGGAAGCUUGUGGUUCUGGGUAUUCCGUGGGAAGUGGAUACCGAUGGUUUGAGGGACUAUAUGAGCAAGUUCGGGGAUUUGGAGGACUGCAUUGUCAUGAAGGAGCGGUCUUCGGGUCGAUCUCGUGGUUUUGGCUAUGUCACCUUUGCGUCGAUGGAAGAUGCCAAGAACGCAUUAGAGAGUGAACACUACAUGGGGAAAAGAAUGUUGGAAGUUAAAGUGGCAACACCAAAGGAGGAGAUGAGAGCCCCUUCCAAGAAGGCAACGAGAAUUUUUGUUGCUCGGAUCCCACCAUCUGCAACAGAAGGAGCUUUCCGUAGUCAUUUUGAGAGAUACGGGGACAUAAUAGACUUGUAUAUGCCAAAGGAUCACAGUUCAAAAACCCAUCGCGGAAUUGGGUUUAUCACAUUUGCUAGCUCAGAAUCCGUGGAUAGUUUGAUGGUAGACACACAUGAAUUGGGUGGUUCCACAAUUGUUGUUGACCGAGCAACACCCAAGGAAGAUGAUUUCAGGCCGGCAGGAAGAGUGCCAGCAGCAGCGCAUGGUGGUGGCUACGGUGCAUAUAAUGCCUAUAUUUCAGCUGCAACUAGAUAUGCAGCCCUUGGUGCUCCUACCUUGUAUGACCAUCCAGGCCCGCUAUAUGGAAGAGCUGAACCACCAUCUAGGGGAGUUGGGAAAAAGAUUUUUGUUGGAAGGCUUCCUCAAGAGGCAACUGCUGAAGAUCUGCGUCUAUAUUUUGGCAGAUUUGGCCAUAUAAUGGAUGUUUAUGUCCCAAAGGACCCUAAGAGAAGCGGUCAUAGAGGUUUCGGAUUUGUCACCUUUUCAGAGGACGGUGUGGCAGAUCGUGUAUCUCGAAGGUCUCACGAGAUUUGUGGGCAUCAGGUCGCUAUUGAUUCGGCCACUCCUCUUGAUGAUGCCGGUCCCAGUACAAGCUAUGUGAUGCCUGGAGCUGAAGUUCUGGGUGGUUAUGGUGGUCCUAUGCGCAGCUUUGGUAGAAUGUAUGGAAACCUGAGCUUUGAAGAUAUGGGAGUACGUGUCAUAUCACUCCUGUGGGGGUACGGCAUGGGUGCUGGAAGACAGUCUUCAAGAGCAGAUUGGAGGUUCAGACCUUAUUAAGUCCCAGCAUCCCUGAGCAAAACUUCAUGUGCUUCAUUGAUUAGAGUUUACUCAGAAGGCAAAAUAAUAGCUUGAUGAAUCCCAUUAGAUUGAUCUCUUGUGCUUGUAUUUUAUUUCUUUCGGAUAGCCGAUUAAUGUUGACCGUGGACAUGAUCGAAUCUUUCUGACUUCAAUAAUGUACAUUAUGAUUAUAUGACCAUUUGAUCAGGUUGACUGUAUUGUAGUGUAGCUGUAAGCCCAGAUGUCUUUUUGAACUAGUUGUGCGACAUGAACAAAAGCUUCAUGGAUAAAGUAUGACCGAGUUCUGAGAAUUGAUUGCUGUUAAAUCCUACUAGCAGUAUACAUACUGGUCAUACGGCUCUGUACUUAUAAAGUCACUACAUUGAUACUAGUUUCUUGGCUUAAGCGAAGACAAGAAAAGAGACUAGAAAACAUGGCAGGUGAAGCAGCAUCUCAUGGAACGAAACCGAGGGUACUUGGACUUUGAUUUGGAUUUCCGAGAUCUUUUGGGGAUUUGUUGCUCCUGAACGAUAGACACUGAGCUUCUCAUUUGCUGAGCUUUCAUUUGUGCUGUUGUCAGCUUCGUCAAGAUCUUGUCCAUUGAUGAUGAUCUCUUCCUCUCGAGUUUCAUCUCGAGCUUUCGCAUCUCAGCCUCGGCUUUUGCCUUCUGCAAGUUCUCCCACGCAGUGAUUUUGGCUUCCUCUCUUUGGAUCUUUGAGAAGUCUGAAACUGCCUCAGUGAUAUCCCAAGAACAACUGUUAGUAAGAGCCAUGGCAUUGUGAUGGAAUUCCGCGGGAGGUGGCAAUCUUUUCUGGACUGUAGAAGCAGAAGAACGCUUUGUGGACCAACUUGUUACAGUAGCCUUCUUAUCAACCUGCACUUCCCUGAUCUCCAUUUUACAAGGAUGCUCUCUACUUCCUGAAUCUAAAAUAGCUAGGGGAGAAGACCUCCUUGGAGAUGAGUGGUUGCUUUUGCUAUCUGGGCUCAUUUGAGUUGCCAUAUCCCUUCUUGAAACAACACGACUGACAGUAUUUUCUUCAUUGAUCAUAUCCUCUUCUACUCUCUCAUCUGUGUCAACGAAAUAUACUGCCACGGGAGCUAGGCAGUGAAGAAUCACUGACCAAAUCUGACCAAACAGGGACACUAACCGACCUCGAGACAUCGCCUCUCCCACCACCACCACCGACACCAACACCAUGAUUCCUUCCCCCACCAGCUCCAUAAUGCAAGCCGACACCAUUAGGCAUCAAGACCCCAGUGGAAAAGGGCGAAUUGACCACGAAAUUUCUCAGAGACCCAGCGUCGAGCACCUGGAGUGCAGGUGAACAGUUGGAGUAAUGCACCACGCCAGGGGCCACAAUCGGCCCACUCUUCGACUUGGGUCGCUUCUGAAAAUGAGACUCGCUCCCGGCGCCGUGACCCAUCACCGGGCUGCAUACCCACCGCUCGGCGUCCUCCCAUUUGGACGGCACCGCCCUCCCGCUGUAAAACGGGGUCAGCCCAGUAAUCCCCCGCUGCCGGGCGGCCGCCGCCGACGAGGAGGACGGAUGCGGCACCCGCUCCGAGCACCACCCUUUGUUGCUGCUGUCCUGGUAAAAACUUCUCGCCGCCGCCUGGCCGGGGAUGGGGAAUGCGCCUAGGCUCUGAGAAGAAGCCAGAUUCUUGUGCUUCCUCAUGGUUUACCCUUUUGUGCUGUUAUCAAUCCAUGGAUUCUGAGCUUGGAUUGUGCUGCUUUUAGGAGGAAGGCUGGUGAAUGUUUACUAGAUUUAUGGGUUUAGUGGAGACAAGAUCGGUAUUUUAUAUUGAGUGAGCUAGUAGCCAUAGCUGCAGCUGCUGGUCUCUCUGUGCUGUACUUUUGGGUUGCCGGGUUUGGUC